CAGCGCUCCGCUGGCCAGGCCUAACGAGUCGAACGCCGAACUAGAGAGCAGGCGGAGGCCCGUGCGGGGCUGUUGCUCAGCAGGCCCGGCCUGGCUUUGGGCCCCGAGCCUCCCAGCCGGGGACUCUGCGCCUGCGCCCGUCCGGCCGCUGCCCGCUCCCCUGGCGCGGCCGCGGUCCCAGCUGCAGCGCGCCGCCUGGGUGGCUGGGCGGUCCAUGGGCAGCAGCGAGGGCCACGAUGACAGAUUACGGCGAGGAGCAGCGCAACGAGCUGGAGGCUCUGGAGUCCAUUUACCCCGACUCCUUCACAGCUUGAUUGCACAUUGAUCCAAUCCUCCUAACAACUAGUCUUCCAAAAUAUAAAUGGACUCUCCUGAUACCACAUUCUCCUUCAGUAGUGCUUCACUUGACAAGGCCCUGCUAAGAAAGAGGUUGCUGAGCUGCUGCAAACCUUGACAGGGGCCAGUGCUUCCCAGGGCUGGAGUGAGGCACAGGCUUUUCUCAGGGGCUCAGCAGCAAUCACAGUAUUAUCAGAAAACCCACCCAGUUUCACCAUUACUGUGACAUCUGAGGCUGGAGAAAAUGAUGAAACUGUCCAGACUACCCUCAAGUUUACAUACAGUGAAAAAUACCCAGAUGAAGCUCCUCUUUAUGAAAUAUUCUCCCAGGAAAAUCUAGAAGAUAAUGAUGUCUCAGACAUUUUAAAACUAUUAGCAUUACAGGCAGAAGAAAACCUUGGUAUGGUGAUGAUCUUUACUUUAGUGACAGCUGUGCAAGAAAAACUAAAUGAAAUAGUAGAUCAAAUAAAAACUAGAAGAGAAGAAGAAAAGAAACAAAAAGAAAAAGAGGCAGAGGAAGCUGAAAAGCAAUUAUUUCAUGGCACUCCUGUUACAAUUGAGAAUUUCUUAAGUUGGAAGGCCAAGUUUGAUGCAGAGCUCUUGGAAAUUAAAAAGAAACGAAUGAAAGAAGAAGAACAAGCAGGAAAAAAUAAAUUAAGUGGGAAACAGCUCUUUGAAACAGAUCAUAAUCUUGACACAUCUGAUAUCCAGUUUUUGGAAGAUGCUGGAAACAAUGUGGAGGUAGAUGAAUCUCUGUUCCAAGAAAUGGAUGACUUGGAGCUAGAGGAUGAUGAGGAUGAUCCCGACUAUAAUCCUGCUGACCCAGAGAGUGAUUUGACUGACUAGUGGACUAUCCCCAUCUGCAGAGAGGUGUGACUGCCACAGCAUCUGUGGCUGUGCUGACGUGUUGAUUUUUCUUUCUUUUUUUCUAAGAAAAAAUAAUUUUCAGGAGAAUAUUCUUCUGAUAGCUUUCAUCAUUGAACUUAAUAAACUGACCUUAAAGUUUCAAAUAUAAAA